AUGAAGGUUCGCUUUGGAGUCUGCCUCGCUAUGGCCAUUGCCGCCCACGCCAACACCCACAAGAAGGGGGCAUCCGUCGCGUCGAAGCACGGCGUGGAGGCCACGACGGCGUCCCGCAUCCUCGCUGCUGCAAACGAUCACAACACGGAGUACGAGCCCAGCUUGAUUGAUGCGUUCGAUGAAGCCGACGCGAUCAAGGACACGCCAUACGACUUUCUGAGCGCCGCCCAAGCGUCUCGGUACCGGUCGACGCACGACGACCACGCGCAUCACGGCCAGUACUGGGACGACGUUCACGUGGAGGUGAUUGCCGACGAAGACGGGUGCCCCGAGAUUCCGUGUCGCGAACUCUCGGACUUUGUGAAUGGCAAGUGCACGUACACGCCGCUGCCGCACGGCACGCUCUGCCCGGGCCAGAGCUGCGACAACGACGGUCCGUGCGACGCUGACGAGAAGGACUAUUGCGACAGCGACGGCACGUGCCUUAACGGCUACAAGGACCAGAGCAUCGUCUGUCGCAGUGCCCGCGACGCCUGCGACGCGGCCGACUACUGCAGUGGCGAAAGCAGCGAGUGCCCCGACGACGAGUUUGCGCCGUCGUCCAAAGUGUGCACCAAGAUGGGCAAGUCCACAGGGGGCCCGUGCGACGCACCCGACUACUGCGACGGCCGCGGUCACUGCGUGGACAUGUACCAGUCCAACAAACACGUUUGCCGCCGCGCCGCCGACGUCUGCGACGAGGCAGAAACGUGCACGGGCGUCAGCGGCGACUGCCCCAGCAACAGCUUUGCACGCAAGGGCAUCGAGUGCACCUCAAUUGGCAAAUCGUCGGGCGGCGCAUGCGACAGCGUUGACCGCUGCGACGGGCACGGCAAGUGCAUUGACCACUUUAAGGGCACGAACCAUCUCUGCCGCAAACCAGUCGACGUUUGCGACGAGCCCGAGUACUGCUCGGGCGAGUGUGGCGUCUGCCCCGACGACCUCGCCGCGCCCGUGGGCAAGGUCUGCACCGAGAUCGGCAAGUCGAGCGGCGGCAAGUGCGACGGUGUCGAUGUCUGUGACGGGCGUGGUCGCUGCAUCGAUACGUUUCUCCACAGCAGCGUGGUCUGCCGCCAUGCGAGUGAUAUUUGCGACGUGCCCGAAUACUGCACGGGCUACGUCGGCAAAUGCCCCCACGACAAGUUUGCAUCCCGAACGACCGAGUGCACGCCGAUCGGAGAGUCGUCCGACCACGCGUGCGACGGCGUCGACUACUGCGACGGCCACGGCAAGUGCGUCGACCACUUUGAGAAGGACACGCUGUGCCACGUCGCCGAGGACCUCUGCGACACGAACCUCUUCUGCAACGGCGCCCACGCCUCGUGCCCCCGCAGCACGCACGACACACACGACUUCGGGAACGACUACGCCUCUGUCUUUGCGUACAAGGCGCGUCAGUGCUCGGCCAAGGCAGCGCAGCAGUUUGUCUCGGUGUACGAUGCGCCGGGGGGCA